GAUCAUUACCCACGCCCCAUCCUCGAACCCCCAAGCUGCACCCACCCCUGCAGUAAGCUGCAUCCACCAAAAGCCUGCACACUGCAGACCUGCACACUUCAAACCUGCACACUUCAAACCUGCACACUUCAAACCUGCACACUUCAAACCUGCACACUACAAACCUGCACACCACCACAAUGGCCCAGCCAACCCCCAGCACAUGGACGCUCCGCCUAAAAUCCCACCGCACCACCGUCCUACUACACACAGACCCUCUAUCAACCUUCUCGACCAUAAAGGCCCAACUCUACACGGCGCUCGCCGAAACCGGUCUGCAGGCCUCCGAAGACGGGCCCGCAAUACCCCUCCCCGACUCGGCGGCAGACAUCCAGCUCGGCCGGCCGCUCGACCCGCUGGACCCUGGCGCCGGCUUCGCGCUCGCCGAGUGGGAGGACGCCGAGCUGGACGAGGAGGUUGUGAUUGAAGAGGAGGCGGGCAAGGGAAAGGGGAGGGCGAGGGCGAAGGCGAAGACGGGUGAGGGAACCGAUUGUCCCAAGGCUGCGGGGCUGAAGGACGGUGCUGUCUUGGCGUUUCGCUGGGAGGGGAUGCAAGGCGUGGAUGGGGAUGCGUGGGGUGUGCAGAUUGCGAGCUUCGAGGAUGCCUAUGGGGUGGCCAACGAGGGGGAUGUUGGCGGCAGGGCGGAGUUUGAGGGGUGAUGCAUCGUCACGGCAUAGCACAGCACCGGCCAUGGCAGAAGAGGCGCAAAUCAUUCUUCACACUGACAUGCAUGCUGCUCAUGCAAGCUGCACCUUCACCACCGCGGCGCCGCCGCCUCGCCUCGCUCGCCUCACGCCCUACACCGCCACCUCUUCUUUCUCCUCGACCGGGCUCAUUAUAACCUUGACGUCGUGCGGCCACACAAACCACUGCUUAUGCAGAUCCCACUCCUUGGCCGGAUCCUCGAGCUCAAUCUACUCUCGUCAGCACGUCCGCAGCCUCGAGCAAGAGUGAAGACUUACAUCAUACUUCGCAAACACAAAGCUCACCACCUUGUACAACUCGACCAGCGCCAGCGGCCUGCCCAGACACGCACGAUUCCCGCCUCCA